ACAAAUAUGUCAAUCUGUACAAAUUUACAAGAAAACCACAGAAAUGAUACAACUCAAAUGCAAUCUAUGAAUCUUGUUUGUCCAACCUGUGACCUUGUAAUUAUAAAUAAGAAAGAAUUUUAUGAUCAUUUACAUAAUCAUGUUGAAGAUGGUUUGUUAAAGCAUAUACAGCUUUUAAAGAAGGAUAUAAACAAUGAACUGCAAGUAGAACCAGAAUAUCUUAGCAAAGAAAAGUACCAUGAUAAUUCACAGGAAAAUGUGGCAAGACCUUUCAAGUGCCAAAAAUGUAAUAUAGCAUUUGAUAGAGCCUCUCAAUAUGAUUACCAUUAUAGAAGUAUACAUUUAGGUGAAAAAUCACAGCUCUGUGAAAUCUGUGGCAAAGGUUUCUUUAGGAAAGCAGAUCUACGAACACAUUUAAACAUUCAUUUAGGCACAAAUAUUUGUAUCUGUGAAAUUUGUGGGAGAAAGUUCAAUCACAUAUCCAAUUUGAUUAGGCAUAGUAGAAUGCAUGCUGGGGUGAAACCAUAUCCUUGCUGUAUUUGUGGUAAACAUUUUACUCAAAUCAGUUCCCUUGCAAGGCACAAACGUAUUCAUGAAAGGCUAAAGAAAAAUACUGCGUAUAAAGCACAAGAUAAUUGUGUCAGUAUCAAUAGCGAGAACCAGGACCAUGUAGUAAACAAGAAUGAGUCUGUUGAAGGUAAUGCACCUGUUCAGUAUAAAGCUGUUAAGAGACAGCACUAUUGUAAAACAUGUGGUGAAAGUUAUAGUCUUAUUUUGCAUUUGAGAGACCAUGAGAAGUCUCAUUCAAAGAAUGCAAACAUUUUGGAAUGCAAGAAUAAUGAGAUGAAUUUUUAGAAAAACUCAGAACUCGAGGAGCAUAAAAAUCCUGAUAAUAAUCUUGAUUUCCUUGAAAAUGAGGAAAAUAUAAAACGGACAUUACCAUUGGAAACAAUCAUUUAUAUCACAUCGGAACAGUUGAAGAAAAUCAAUCUAGAGAAUAUUGAAAAUACUAAGAAUCAUAUUUCACAAGAGCAUUUAUGUGACACAAAUGAAAAAAUCCCAUUAAUUGAUCAGUUGAAUGUUUCUGAGAAACAAGUACCUGCUAAUGAAGCAACUCAAAAUAUAUUGUAUGUGUGCCAAAUGAAUGAAUCUGUUUUGAAAAACAGACUGAGCACCAAAUACUUGAAUAGUCAUGAGUAUUUGUCAUGUGCACAAACAUUUGAAUCAGAUGUACAGAAGUCAGAGGUAGUGUCGAAUUAUAACACUCUGACGAAUUUUUCUGUAAACGUUACCGAUAUGUUCCAAAAAAUAGAUUUAUCGGAGUCACCUAUUAACGAGCAUGGUAAGCUUGAUUUGAAUAUUCAAAAUAAUCAAGAAAUAAAUUCAGUACAAAAUGAAAAAGUUGAAGAAGAUUCGGACGAUGUAAAUAAUACUACAAAUCAGGAAGAACCAAUGUUACGUUUAGUACAGAUGGAAACAGGGGAACAAUUUUAUGAAUUUCUAAUUAACAAUUUAGUAGAAAAAUUACCAAACAUACAGCUCGUAAAAACUUCUGAGAAUAAAGAUGAAAGUACAAACAUUUCUGAGAAUACAACAAAUACAUGUUUAAAUGAUAAAAACGUUAAUGAAGACAUUCAACGCGAACAGAAUAUAAGAGAUGAUAUAGAAAAUCACCUGAAUUAUACACAAUAUGAGUUACAAGGCGAAGAAAAACAUUUUGUUCCAAAUCAGAUUUUGUUGGAUUCACAGACUGAUUUCGAUAAAUACGUUGAAACAAAUUUUGAAGUCUUUGGAAGAUUAAAUUACGAUGAUAGCUCGGAGAGAUUUCUUGAGUUUGUGGAAAAUGCAGAAAUUGAAAAUCAAAAUUCAGAACUUUUGGAAUGUAAAGAGGGUGACCAACUUUUACAAUUUCAAAGUUUCAAUCAAAUUGAUUCUAUGCAAGAAAAUAAAAAGAAUGACGCAAUUAAUGACAUUAAUACAAAUAAUAAUCAAAUUGUUAAUGAAGAUGAAAGACAGGUGCAAGUUGAGAAUACUAUCAAUAAUGAUAAAAAAGAGGGUCCACAAGAAGAUUCAAAGAAUUCGAAAGCAUAUUUAUUAAAAUUUCAAUGCACAGUAUGUGAGAAAUCAUUUUCAACCAGUUACAACUACAAACAACACAUAGGCACACAUUUUGCAGAUCAGCAGAAGUUUCACUGUAAAGAAUGUAACAUGUCCUUUGCUUGGAAGUCAACAUUAAAUAAACACAUUGCUAGUAACCAUAGACCAGAUGGUCCACAGAAGUUUGCAUGCGAUAUGUGUCAGAAAAUUUACAAUACUUCCUCACAAGUAAAUGAACAUGUAAAACGUGAUCACCUAAAACAGAGGAAUCAUGUGUGUUCUCAUUGUGGUAAAUCGUUUUUUAAAAAGUAUGACUUAAAAAUACAUAAUAGAAUUCAUACAAAUGAAAGGCCGUAUGUCUGUCGUGCCUGUGGAAAAAGAUUUCAUCACCGAAGUCAUAUAAUACGCCACGAACGUAUACAUUUUUAAGAAAAUGACAUAUUGUUCCCUCGAGGUUU